UUAGUAUAUUGAUGUGGCGUAGGGAAUUCCAAAUGCCCGUUUAUUUUUCGUUCAAGCAAAGGAGAAUCCUAAUGACUUUAUGUGCAUCGCCUAAUUCCGUUAAGAAUUCUAUUUUAUCUUUGACUAAAGGUUGGAUCAGAACCAUUUAUGCCACCCAAUCAAACGAAAUUUUUUAGCGUCUAAAUUCAACAAAAUAUAAAAGCUUUGCAGGGAAAGGGGAAAACCCUUUGCAAUUGAGGAAGCAGUGCAGACAGUGGUCACCUCUAAAAUGAAUCAAAUGUUAAAAAAGCGGAGAAAUCUGUUUCUGCGCUUAAACGAACGAAGAAUUCUUUUAUUGGGAAUAGCAGCAAUAGCAGGCACAGGAUAUGGCGUCUACAGACUAUACAAAUCUCCUUCAGUUGCCAGAAAAAAAUACCAAUUGGUCCGUUUUCUGACGUCUGUGGUGACGAUUACGGAAGCCGCCUCCUCUUCUGCAGGAACCCUAAUGAUGGUAUCCGAGGAUCUGAAGGCAUUUUUGCAAUCAGAUGUAGACGAAAUUCCCAACAGUUUAAAGCAACUGCUGAAGAUUGCUCAGAGUCCUGAAUUUAAGCAAGCUAUAACGGGGGUUUCGAGCGCCAUGACUGCCGGAAUAUUCCAGGGUUCUCAACAAAAUAACCAGGAUGAUCAGAAUGCUGGAGUUGCGGAGCAAAUUAUGGACAAGCUAUUCGAACCUGCAGGUACUGGCUUUGCUUCCGUUGUUGUUGGAAGUUUUGCUCGGAAUUUGAUUUUGGCAUUUCUAGAUCGUUCUGCCAAUAGUUCUGUAAGGGAAAAUGCUGAAUUAAACCCCAAUUCGAGAGCUGGAGAUUCGAAUACAGGGCCUGAUUCGGGGUUUCUUGACGUAAUUUGCAGCAACAAGUGUAGGGCUUUGAUUGGGGAGUGUGUUCAGCGUUUUGUGAGUACGGCUGUGAAUGUGUAUUUGGAUAAAACUAUGCAUAUAAAUACUUAUGAAGACAUUUGUACCGCGGUGACUAAUCCUUCCCAUCGGGACCAAUUAAAGGGUUUUUUUACGUCUGUCUGUAAUGGAGCUGUUGAAACCCUUGUUAGGACUUCGCAUGAAGUUUUGACCAAUCAGAAGUUACCAGCGCAGGCACAGUUGCCUGCAGUUUCUUCCUCUGGAAGAGUUGCAAUUGGAUCUUCGGAGGAAGGGAAUAUUAAGGCAGAUCAAAUAAUUGAACAGACUGAGAAAGUCUUUGGGCCCUUGAUUCGGCGCAGUUUAUCUGGGUCUCAAGUCAUCCAGCUGAGUGCGGUCGACCGACAACCUAUUCAUGUGGAAACCAAUAGAUUAGAUUCUGGAUUUGCAAAUGAUAAUUGGAUUGAUAAGAUUUCAUAUACCCUAGCCAUCCCCAGCAAUAGGAGACUUUUCCUUGAUGUGAGUGGCCGAAUGACGUUUGAGGUUGUGCGAUCUUUCUUUGAUUUUACGCUCUGUAAGUUUUCUGAAUUCUUUACAAGAACUCUACCUAAUGCCAGCCAUGAAGCUGUGGAUAAAACAUUGAAUGUGAUGAGGUAUGUUGGCGCCAAAUCAAUUGUUAUAGUUACUCUAUGUCUUGCAAUCUGUUUGCAUAUUCUAACCGGUGUAAGAUUCUUGCAAGUUGAACAAUAGCUUGGUGGUUGGGUUUAUGAAUUUGUAUUUCGGAGCGCCGAAGAGCAUCUUCAUGUAUAUUGCCAAAAAUCUGGCAAGGGAACCGAACUUGUUGGAUUUCUCUAUUGUUCAAUUAGUAAAGAAGGGCAGCUUUUCUCUUGUA